AUGAAUCAAGAGUCUAUAGAUGAAUCCCUGGAAAGAUUGUAAUUCAUUGUAUUAUUCUUCUUAGUCGAAGAGAUAGAUAAAAUAUUAGAGAAAAAAUGGCAGAGCGAAAUUAAUUAUUUGAGAAAGCAGCCUAAAAUUAUUUAUCCAGUUUAUAAAGAGAAGUUGAAACUAUAAAAAGAACCAGGUAUUAUGAUUAGCUAAUGCAUUAGACCCUUGGCUGAAUCAAGAAAUUAGGAGUUUAGAGAAUAAAUAGUUAAUUUAUUUAAGAGAUAUGAAGAUGGAAGUCUAAGAUUAAAACAAGCAAUUCAAAAAACCAAUAUCGAAAAAAUCAAUUACAAUAAUUAUUUAAUUAAGGUGUAUCCAAAUUAUUUCACUGAUGAAAAAAGAAAACUAAAGGAAGAAAAUUAACGACUAAUGGAAUAAUUGCAAGUAUUAAUUUAUUUAACAAUUAUAGGGAUUUAGAUAAUAAGUAAGUAAUGUUCCUUUAUAAGAAAUAUAAAACAAUUAGAAUGAGCAAUAUGAUUACAAUGAACUAUAAAGAGUUGAUCAAUAUUUGGGAUAAGAUUACUUAGAAUAGGAUUAUUAAAACUAACAAUACCAUAUUCAAGAAUAAUAAAGAUAGUAGUUUCAGUAACCUUAAGGUCUCUAAAAUUAUUCAAAUUAAUCAAAAUAAAAUCUAACAAAAUAGCAGGAACAAGACUUUUUAUCAGAAUUUUUAAUUCCUUAACAAGGAAAAAAAUGA